AUGGCGCAGGAGCGGGUGGGAGACACGGGCGGCGGCGGAGCUGGCGUCAGCGCUGAUGACGACGAUCUUGGGCCCUGUCGAAUGAGCCCAAUUCCUGGUUCCCAGCGUGCAGAAUGGUCGAGAGUCAAGUAUAGAUACCAGAUCGAGAGACCCAGAUGUGAUCCAGCACCGGAAACCAGCCUUUUCUGUCCCCAGAAGGGUUACCGGCCACCGGGUCUGGCUGGAACUCCUGCUUUUUCGCAUCCCGGAGAAAUUCACGCUUGUUCCCCACGGGCGCAGGUUGGAUGUUGGCCCGCCAUUAUGAUUGGAGGCUGGCUGUCGCUGCCCCUGGAUCGGAUUUUGCCUCCCCGAGACAUUCUUGUGAUCGAUCUGAUGCACGGUGCUUAUAGCCUGGGUGCUAACUCAAAAGAAAAGUAG